AUUAGCCUGCCCCGUUACCCAUUAACCCGUUAACCCGUUCACCUUUUUCAGUAUUUUCUUUUCGAUAAUUAAUCAGCAUACUCUGGGAGGCUACUUUCACGCAGCAGUUUGUUCCACCUCUUCUUAAUUUCAAAUUCAAAUUCCGAUUCAUCAGCAGUUUAUCAAAAAUCAGUCACCGUCGUGCCGCACAAUUCGUGCUACACGGAUCAAGGAUUGCAAUAUGCGUUUCUUCGUAGUAAUCAAUGGACAAGACACCAUCCCCGCAAUCCAAUGCUCCGCAGUCGACAAGUUCUGCAUGAAAAAUUAGGUUCCUAAAUUUCACAAUUAUGUUACAGAAAUCUGAGAUCAAUCGUCUUAAUCAUGGUCAUCCGGCUCUAUAAACAUUCAAAUUGAUGUUCGUAGAUUCUGCAAGAACUCCAGACACAUCUUCGAAUUCCGGAUAAAGUGCGAUUAACAAGAUAAAUAUUUGGAAUUUGUUUAAGAUACUUCAGUCUGUUAUUCAAGUGUAUGGAUCAUCUUUGAAUUCUUAUGCGAUAUAUGCAGUGAAUGUAUAUGUAUGGCGAUGAAAUCUGUCACAAUAUUAAUACACCAGUCGCAGGACGAAAGCGUUGUGGAGGAGGAUCAGCACAUGACGAUUUUUUACUUACCAGAUUGGUGAAGUUGCAGCAGCGGGGAUUAUGGUUCACGUAUGGGUCACAAUGGAGAAGAUGGUACGCGAGAAUGAUGCUUUUUCAAGAAACGAUCAAAGUAGUUGCUCAUGGAUUCAGAAGCAAAUGUUCACUAACUCCGAUGGUCAAGUGUGUGCUCUUAAUCCGUCUCUCAGCUUCAAAGCUGUUAAUAUCACUACCCAGGGACAAAGAGAAUGACUCUUCUUCUGCAUAAAACCAAGUGAAUCCAGAUACGCAAUCCAGCACAAGGACACCACUAAGCACCGUUAACACUAACCAAUUCUCUUCAAAUUCCAUUCAAAGUAGACUCUCAUGGAAUCAGAAUCAAACUGGCACUAACUCUGGUGAGCCAGAAUUGCAGGAGAUUCGAGUGACAAGAGAAGAUGAAAUCCUGAUAACGGGUUGUGAUGGUCUCUGGGAUGUGAUGAGCAGCCAGUUUUCUGGUAUGAGUCUGAGAUCUUUGUAUGUGGUUUUAUUUUAUCCCAGGGAAGAAUCGUAAGUUCUCCGCCUUCAUAUGCCGUCUCUUCCUUCGAUAAAUGAUGGUAAGUUCUUCCACACCCAUAUUAUCCAUCUUGCCAUUCUGUGAUGUGUUGAAGGCUACGAAAUGGUUCAUGAAAAUUUGAUUAGACAGGUUUUGAUUCAUGCAUAUAAGGUGUUUGAUUUAUGUUCUUUAUGAUUUUGUUUGAUAUUUUAAGAUCUUCUUACACCUUUAUACUCUUUUUCAUUCCAAGUCCCAUGUUUUUUCCAUUGUAAUCUCUCUUCACUUCUAUUUAUUUGUUCAGUUUUUUUCCAGAAUGGGGUAGAAAACUCUGUGGAGAUCUAUUGUAAACGAGCCUAUUAUUCAUCAUAAAAGGUAUAACAUUUUCUAAAUUCUUUUAGCCUACUCAGUUGUUUAAAUAAUGCACAAGCUGAUUCCGUUCAGCUGCUAAGCGUGAAGGACGUGGCCCAAGUUAUUGGUGUAGUGCUUAAUCAUAUUGUGCUUAAUCAUAUUGUAGUGUGUUGUUAGUGUAUAAGUUAGUCUAUAUUGCACAUAAAAAUAUCAGUGCAGAUUGCUGUUGGCGCUUUUUGGUUGUCUAAAAUGAUAAGGUUGACAGUGUAUGGUGUUAAAUAUAGCACUUGCAGAUUGAUGUUAUAUUAACUUAGAAAAUGACACCCGAAUGCAAUUGUUAAAUUAUCAAGAUAAUUUCAUUAAUAUUUUAUUUCUAGACUGGAGGGGUCAUAAUAGGUUCGGGAAAUAUGUUUAUUUGGAACCACAGCAGGUGUUAACAACAUCAGUUUCAGGAAUCAAGCGAACACACAAUGACAGGGGAUGAAUCCACAGGUAUAUAGUUACUCACAAAUCACAUGCACACCGGGUGUUUGAUAUAAUAUCUUUCUAUUACCGUGAUUUCCUGAACUUAGGAUCGGAUAAAUCAAAUACUUAUGCUAUGUUCAUAGGAGUUAACUUUUAGUUUUCUUUGGAUUAUGACCGGCCCUGAGACAUUUUUACAUUUUUUGUGUUUGUAGGUGCUGGCCUCAAAGCAUGUGUAAUUCAUCCACUAUGUUUAUUUAAUAUAAUGCCAUGAUAGAUAGAUGAUUUCCAGUAUCUAUGAUCAGAAAAGCAGGGAAUUACCUCAUAUACAUAUUUUUUUUAGUUUAGAUUACUCAAGUCUAUCUUAGGCCUGAUAUGAUACUUAUGAAUUAUGAUUAGUUCUUGAUCUGUGUGUGUUUGAAUUAAAACUAAUGAUGUUGCUAGAUGUUAUCUUUCUUAAUUACAAGAAUGAAGUGAGGCCUUGGUAUAGUUGCAUAAGAUGAGUCAGCAGGUUAAAAGGAUCAAAGAAGCGAAAUGGUGGCGCAGCACUUAAUGAGUUCUUGCAGAAUAUAGUUAAGAAUAUGCAGGCUGCGAAUCUAAAUACAUCAAGAAGUCCUCUUGGCACACCUGAUACUGAUAUAUCUCAUAACGAUCAAAUAAUCAAAAUCGAAUUUAUGUUGAUGGAAAGGAAUUCUGCGAUGCCAGAGGUUGUAGAAUAAUCUGUUCGAGAAUGUGUUUUCACGUUCCAUGCGUGUGCUAGGUGCUGGCCUCAAAGCAUGUGUAAUUCAUCCACUCUGUUCAUUUGGUCGUGGACCUUCUUUUGAUAAAGUAUACAUGCAGGUUAAUGUUGAUUUCCAGUUCCACCUUAAUAACAUCAAGGAGAAUGUUCAACCAAAUUGACAUUUUCCUCAUGUUGGCAUUGAUUAUCAAAGACCAAGCAUUGAUCCAGUGAGCCAUCUCCGAAGACAUGAACUUGCCGCGAACAUAUCCCAACACGCAGCAGCCAACACCUCUGUCAGUAGAUCUUCAAUUCCAAAGCGGAGAGGAUGUGGACCGGGUGUUAACAAUGUGAUAAACGGUUUAAAUACUACAAAUGAUCAUUCCAGACGCUUGGCACCAGGUGUGUCGUCUUGGCAAAUCUAACAUCAUAUGAUCUUAAUUAUCACAUAAUGGAUGUCGUCUUCCAACAGGUCUGUAAUUUCACAUGUAAAUAUUAAUUUUCAGACAUGCUUGCCAUUUUCAGCCCCAUCUUCAAAAUUUUAAGCUAUUUUCACAUAUUCAAAUUUAGUUGUGCUGUUUUGCUAAAUCAAAAUGAGGUUAAAUUCAUGCCGAUGCAUUGAACAGAUUAGCAGUUAGCUUUUAUACUUUCUUAAUCAUCUAACGAUUUGGGUUAAGGAUUCAUAUAUAGCUGAUAAAAAUAUGAUAUAGUGUUUUUGGAUUUGAUUGGGAUAACAAAUUAUGAGUUUUGCUGCCUAAUAUAUAUGUUGUGUGAAAAUUAUGAGGAUAUACUUUUAAGAUUUCUGAUUGAGAGUAAGAAAGAUCCAGAGAAGAUGAAUAGUUUCCCGUUGCUUGCUGAUUUCUGAAUUCUGAUUGACCACAAUAUUGUAUUUGACCUUCAAGCUGAUAUCAAUUGUACAAAAGGUUUGCCUUUGCUUGCUUUUUCCUCAUGGAAGUAUAUGCUUUUUAGUCUGGAGUAUAUGUAACUUUUCCUGACUUAACAACUUUAGAUUUUUAGUUAAGUGUGUAGAGCAGUAGUUAAGUCAUUGCAGGUGCGAUGAAAGCUACAGGUGCAUGAAAAUUGCAGGUGUUACAUGGGAGGUUUUUGAUCCGUGCACAGAAAUGACCCUAGGAGUAUUUGAUAAGCAUGGAUCAUCAGUGAAGAUAUCUACAAGUAUAUGCUCCAAGACCAGCCUGAUUAAGUACAAGAAGCAUUUGACUAACAUGCAUGCUGUCAAGAAAUUUGUUCAUGAAUGGAGUCAUGCUGGCCGGAGAAUUUUACCUUCAUGUGUGACAAGCGACGAUGACGUGGACCAAGCAUCAGUAAUGUUUUAAAUCAAAAGAAGAUUACACGUGUAGAAACUCCUGAUCAAGCUUAUACUCCCACUAAAUACAUCCACACACGAUAGUGGAACGACAUACGAAAGAACUCAACUCUUCAGUGCUAGAGGACAGAGAUGUACACCUGUGACAACAUCAAACAUAUAUUAAGAUAAGAAUACAAAGAUUGGUCGUCUAUCCUCAUUUGUUACAUCUGCACUGAGGACUUCAGAUUCAUGUUUAACCUCGGACAAUUUUCACCAUGGCUCUACUUCCGGGGUUAAAAUUUUGAUUCAGACAUUUAACGAAGCAGAUGAGCCUUCUAAUUUUGAUCAGCCGUUGUGUGAUGAAGGUAAAUAAAGGCAUGGAAAUUACUAUAAAAAUUUGUCAUUGCAGAUGCUGCGGUGCUCCUUUUAAAGAGCUGCAAAUAUUGGAGAGCAUCUCAAAUCCAUCAGAUAUCAAUUCCUGCACAGGUUCAAUGCAUGACGAUAAAGAAAUCAAGUUAUCUGGACAAGGCUUCCAAGAAGGAGAUGAAACAACAAUGGUUGGAAGGGUUACCUGUCAGUUGGUUCGCCAGAGAUAAAAGAAGACUGGUGGAAAGCCUGAAUCUCCCUCAAAAGCAGAUCCUAACACGAAGUAUGCAGUAGAUCCUAUGAAGCCUUAGGAUUAAGUAUAGGAUUCAUGCGUAUCCCUCUCUUUCCAUGCUUUACUGUGUCAGCUUUUUGACAUCAUAAAUCUUGGCAGUUACGAAAUGGUUAGAAAAAGGCUUCAAACCCUCUGUCUCUUUCAUUCGAUUAUCACACCCUCCUCUCUUUCUCUAUAAAUUCAUCUUCUAAGUCUUCUAACAUGUCAUUCACACACAGGAGGUUGUCCGCAUAUGAUCUCACACGGUUUUACUCAAUUUUACCGCGUACACAUGGAUGGCGUUUGCAUUGAUUCUCAAAUAUAAUUACUAAAAAACAACAACGCCAGAGAGAGGGGGGGAAGAGAGGGAGAGGUAGAGAAAGAGAGAGAGAGAGACAGGGAGGGGGAGAGAGAGAGAGAGAGAGAGCGAGGGAGGGGGGGAGGGAGGGAUUUCGGUGGUAAUAGAAAGUCUCAUCAGCGGCAUUGCAUCAGGAGUUGGUUCAGUUAUUUUAAAAAUAUUUGGGUCUCCCCUUGAUUUCCUUUAAGAAAAUUUUGCAGGUACCCCUUACUGAUCAAACAUUAUGAUACAAAAAAUUUGUUCCUUCUUUAUCUAAACUAUAUUGUAUUAAUUUGUAUGGACUCAAAGUUAUGUACAUCAGUAAUUGGGCGUUCUGAUGAAAAUAAUAGUUUAUGUAUCGUUUAGACGCUUUGUAAAAUUUCAUGUUCAUGGUUUGUGGUUCAACUCAGUAUGUUCCCCCAACAUGGGUUUUCAUUUGUUAUGUCGAAAAUUUCUGCGUUUCCCAGUAAUUAAUAACUAAUUGGUAGGAAGUAAUUGAAGUAAUAAUCUUAGGAAAACUGUUGACAAGGAUUAAAGGCACUAUGCAUGUUCAACUGAAAUGGUAGCAAUAACAGCAGGUAUCAUGAAAAUAAAUGCCCUGUUGUAUGGAUCAAAUGAUGUGAAGAAAAUAACCCUUCCACUUUAUCAGUAUAAGUGAUAUGUCCAGUAUUAGGUGAUGGUAGCAGGAUCAGGAUCGGGUCAGGGUACGAAAACAAAGGAGAGGAGAUGUGGUGCAUCCUUUGACGGUUUCUCUUCAGAAUUUAUAUAGUUGUACUACAAAGAAGCUGUUAUUAUCCUGAAAUAUGAUUUGUUCGAAGUGAAAUGAAUGAUUUCAUUACUUCUGAUUCUGUAACUGGCUCUUUGUAAUUUGAUUUUUAUGCAUGUGUUAUUCACAUGUGUUCA